ACAUUUUUCCGGAAUACAACAAACGCGUCGGAAAUUGUAUUUUCCCUGUUUUUACAGAAAAAAGCCCGGUUUUAUAAGUAAUAGUAGUUUGUUUAGUGGCUAAUAUAGUAGUAUUCCGUGAUAAGUCUAAGAUUUUGUGUGGAGAACCAUUGAAACAGUACUUUUGAGGACGUAAUAAUCGCGAUGGCUUCAAUUCAGGAGAGGCUACAGAUGAAGAGGAUUCCACUGGACAAGUGGUCAGUGCGGGAGCAGCUCUUCCUGGCGGCAGCAGUGGCUUGCAGCGGGGAGAAUUGGAUGUCCGUCAGUCGCUCGUUGAAGAUGUACUGUGGCGCCAACAGACCGAGCGAUUGGUUCUCGCAGAAAUCCUGCGCUGCUCAGUAUGGAAAACUCCUUGAGAAUGUGGAAAUGCCCAAGAGGAAGAAGCGCACGGCCUCAGAGAGAGACACGCCAACAAGUGUGGACACACCUGGAGAGUCAAUCUACAGAAAAUUGACACAGGAACGCAUUCAAGAGCUCAAGAAGCAGAUUCAGGAUGAUCAGAAGGAGUUCGGUCGCUUAAAAGAGGAGAUUCUCUUCCUGCACAGCGCUUCGGUGGAUGAGAAUAGGAUUCGCGAGAUGUGGGCGAAGAUUGAGCUGGAGAAGAAACAGAAGGAGAGAGAGCAGAUCCAGCAUCAGCAGUGGCUGAAGGAGCGCGAAGAGAGGAAGCUGGAGAUGGAGAAGGCAUGGCGCCCUGGGCAGAUCUUUGUCACCUCCUCGCCGAGCUCUUCACCCAGAGGAUCACCUCUACAGCCCAUGAUUCCGCUCACGAGUCUAAAGAUCAAGCAGGAAGAGAUGGAUGUCGAGGAUUCAGCGGCCAAACAAGGAACUUCGCCUCUUCUCACAUCUCUCCUGAAGUCUCCAUCGCCAGCACCGAAUCCCACACAACCUCUCUUGACUACCAGUUCGCCGACGAGCUCCCGAACGGCCCCAACAAUCACAAAUCUCCUCACGGGACAAUCACAGAUCAUCACCAGUGCGCACAACACUCCAGAAAUCACUUCCACCAUUCAAUUUCUGCCUGGAAUCAUGGAAGCCAUCAGUGGACCGCAGACCACGCCGUCUCAGGCUGCGCCGACUCUCUCAAUGCUGCUGGACAACAAGGGAGCGAUCAAAACAGAAUCCACUGCCAGUUUGCCGCGCGCUCAGCCCCAAAUUCAGCUUCCGACAGUCGAGACGAAGCCUGAGCCGAUGGAUAUUGUGGAGGAAAGCUGUCCUGCCGUGCAGCAAAUCCCUGCGAGUGCUCAGGAAGUAGUGAAGGAUGAGGAUCAGCAGCUUAUGGAUGACUUCAAUGGACUCAUUCCGGACAAUAUUGAUGAAUUGGCAGACAUUUUGACGGAUAACAAUGCCAUCAUCCUCAGUCCUGAGUUGUUGGAGGAGGAAUCGAUACUGGAGAACGUGGAUUCUCUGAUUGGCAGUUCAGAAGUGAAACCCAAAGUGAAGGAUGAAGUCUCUGAAGUGAUACCAAGCACUGAUCAGGAUGUCAUUGUCCUCAGUCCUGAGGCGAAAGCAUCAGCAGAGGAAAUCAAGCCCGAUGAGGGUUCUGCAAUGCCUCAGGCCGAGGUGCAACAGAUCAAGACGCACGAGACUGAAAAUUCCAGCUCGAAUGAGUCAAAAGACACCGAGAAAGGCAGUCAGGAAGCGAAUGCGGCAGAAUCUGAGACGAUAGAGAUCAAGAGUGAGCCUGAAUCGUCAUCUGACUGUGAUGACAACUCUCGAGCGCCACAGGAAGUGGAUUCCGUGGACUUGGCCACAACUCUGGACGACUCUAAGUCUGCUGAUGGGAUGAAGAGUGGCACUGAUUGCGAGAACCGCUCGGAUGAGACGAAGAAAGACAGCGAUUCCAGCAACUCUGGCGGCACGGAGAUAAAGAGCGCCGAAGAGCCGAUCAAGAUUGAAAUCUCCACUGACGAUGAGGACUCUAACAUGAAGCUGAGCGAACUGGCGGAGAAGCAGUCUGAGAAGGAGAUCUUGACGAUUGAUUUGGAGGACGGAAAAGCGGAAGGAGAAGCGAAGGACAGCGAUAAGAUGGAUCUGGAGGAGACUUCGGAGGAGACAAACAGAGACAAUCAGGAGGAAGCAGCGAAGAUGGAUGAGUGUGAAAGGGCGGAGAUUGAGAGGAAAGUUUCUGUGGAAGAGGAUGUGUUUGAGGACGCCAAGGAGACAAUGGACGAUGCUGAAGAGGAGUCAAUACAGCAAGAAAGUGGUCACAAUCAGUCGACGAAUGUGGACACGGACGAUGACUAUCCGAUUGAGGUGAUCAAGGAGGACAAAGUCGGCCGGACGAAGCGCGAUUAUUCGCGCAAGAAGCCAGAAACACUGAGUGUGGACAGCAAGAAGAGUGAGGACAGCAAUGAGGACAGCAAGUCAAAUCUCAGUCUGCGAAUGCGUCUGAAGGAUCGCGAGAGAUCAGAAAGUCCACUCGUGACGGAUGACGACGGUGGAGAUGUGAUUCCGCGCACGCGUCGGCGCUAUUCGUCCACGCAUGCCGCAGAUUCUGUGCCCAGUUCGCCAGCGUCCAGUGAGGAUCGCGAGUACAAAGCGUGGAAGAAGGCCAUCAUGCCGGCCUACAAUCGCCUGAGCACGCACAAGUACGCAUCGAUCUUCCUGCGAUCGGUACCUGAAGAUCAGCAGGCGCGCUAUCGCACGGUCAUCCUCAGGCCGAUGGAUCUGCACACGCUCAAGAGGAACCUCGAGACGGGCGCCGUGCGCAGCACAGCUGAAUUCCAGCGCGAUGUGCUGCUGAUGUGCCAGAACGCGAUGAUGUUCCACAAGCGCGACAGCAGCGUCUUCGCCAUGGCCAAGGAGAUGAUGGCCGAGAGUGUGUCCAUCAUCGAGGCCGCCAUGGAGACUUGGAAGGCGGGCGCGAGCGCUCAGCCCGCCACGAAGGUGCGAUCGCGCAAGAGUCAGCGGCAUCCAGUGAGUGCUAACUAAGAGAGAUAGAAUAAAGCGAAUUCUGCGAAUUCCUCAUGGCAUUUCCCUGUGGUGAUGAGGCAAAAUUGGUGUCAGCGCUUUGGGGUGUUUUGGUAAAUAGACAGUUUGGAAAAUGUGGCAUCAGAAUUUUGCGUGAAUGAAAGCAAGUGCGAAGCGCGGAAUUUCUUCAGUUCGCCUUUGGCAGUGAUCGCGAGUGGACGGGAAAAGUGAGCUAGUGAUGAUCCUGAG